UUUUUGUGUUUUUGCGACUGAAAAUUUUUCGAAGUUCAUGAAAGUGCUGAAGAAAUUUUGUCAUAAAUGUUUCAAUAAUUAGUAUUUAUUGCACGUUAUGUGAAAGCUUGAAAAGUCCAUCGUAUCCCUCUCAGCAUCCCAUUCUUUGAAGAACUUUGCUGCGGUAAUUUAACUAUAAAAAGAGGUACAGUUGACUUACACAUUGCUCAACUUUCUCACCCAUGUCUGAUGAGCUAAAAAUGAAUAUAAUGCUUCUUCUUUAACACUAAGAGGUCCAAUGUAUAAUGUAGUUGAAAAAACUUUUGUUGGAUAUGGAAUCGUGAUCGUUGCCGGUGCAUUGGGAUUUAUCGUUGCUCGUAACAAAGUAUAUUCGAAUAGAAAUGAGGUGUUAGCUGUUAAAGAACGCAUUACUCGUCAAGUUGAAAAUAAUCGUGAAUUCGAACAAGCAUAUCCAUAUUAUACGGAAGAAGCUAGGAAAAAGUUUCAGAAAGAAUUAGCUGAGAAAAAAGACACCUCUAAAAGUCAAUAAUCUAUCUUAAUAAUGGACGCUUCUAAAAUGCAACUCGUUCAAGAUCUUGAGAUCGAAAUGAUGGCUGAUAUGUAUAAUCGUAUGACUGCUGCUUGUCAUAAAAAAUGCAUACCACCUAAAUAUAAAGAAUCAGAGCUGGGUAAAGGCGAAUCAGUCUGUUUAGAUCGUUGUGUUGCUAAAUAUUUAGAAAUACACGAACAAAUCGGUAAAAAACUAACUCAAAUGUCGAUGCAAGAUGAAGAUUUCAUGAAACGAUUGCAAACGGAGCAAAAGAAAUAAUUUUAUUUGAGUUAUCAUAGUUUUUGGACGUUUUAUAUUACGUACCGACGUAGCUUGUUUUUUUUCCUAUUUGGGUGUUUUAGUUUUAAAAUAAGAUUGUUUUAAACGUAUCUAUUUUCAUACAGUCUGAAUGUUAUUGUUUCCUAUGUUUUGGAAUGUUAUGAACUGUGUGUACAAUAAAAUAUUAUAAUCAA